AUCUUGACUCCACCUUUUCCAGAAUGGGAUCUUCCGUGGCACACAUUUCAUCAUCAGCCCGCGUCAAACGAAGGUGAAGGGAGAUAACUGUUUCGCCAUGCGCUUGCUGAGAACGCCUCCUGAACACAAAACGAACGCCGGGCGUCUUUGUGGUUUUCGUGCAGUUUUCGACGGUUCUAAAAUUGUUUUGCAGUAACAGUUGUGCAGCUGUUAGUGAUACCCUUGAUAUCUCUCAUCUUCGGCCUGUUUUCUCACCAUCCCGACGUUCCGAUCACUAACUUGCGAGCAUCACACGCCAUCCAAAUCAGAACGGACCGCGAGUUUCUUCACUACUGACUACAUUUCUCAGCAGUCCAUCUAUCAGGCGGACGAGCUCCAGAUCCGACUGACCAACACGCCGUCGGUCAAGCCGGACAACGACAAGCUCAAGUUUGGCGCGCACACCAGUGACCACCUGCUGGAGGUGGACUGGACGGAGAAACAUGGCUGGUCAGCUCCGGUCAUCAGGCCAGUGGAGCCGCUGCGGAUCCACCCAGCUGCUAAAGUGCUGCACUACGCCUGUGAGCUGUUCGAGGGUAUGAAGGCGUACCGCUGUGUGGACGGCAAGAUCAGAAUGUUCAGGCCCAUGGAGAACAUGGAGCGUAUGGCUGCGUCUGCUGGCCGAUCUGCCCUGCCGAGGAAGAGUUGGUCACCCCACCCCUGGAGUCUGGCCUCAUCUUACCUGGGGUCACUCGCAAGUCUCUGCUCAACCUGGCGCGAGAGUGGAAUGAGUUCAAGGUCUCAGAGCAGACGCUGACGAUGGCUACCUUUGUCAAAGCUGUGAAUGAAGGACGGGUGAAGGAAGUGUUUGGGGCUGGCACGGCCUGUAUCGUGUGCCCGGUGAACAGAAUCCUGUACCAAGGUGAAGAGCUGCACCUCAGAACCAUGGACGACCCUGAACACCUGACUCAGCGCUUCUACAAGGAGAUCAACGAUAUCCACUUCUACCGCAAGCCUCACGAAUGGAUGGAGCCAAUUGAAGAGGAUGUUUCCGAGGCGGUGCGCAAGUUUAGUGCCCAGUGAAAACCUGAGUGAUGUGAUCGCCAAGGGAAGCACUGGAAAAGAAAGCAAGGAAGCUGCUAACACUGUGAAUGGCGAGCUGGCAGGUCAUGUGGCUGAAAUGGACGACAGCCAGUGACAACUUUGUGUUUCUACAAGUACCCUUUGACUGAUCAAGUGACUUGGGUGACGGGUUUUUUUCAUGUCGUGCAUUCGGCACUUGUGGAGUGCAACCUGAUCACUGUUUGUGUUAUGUUUACUUUUUGGUCCUGCACUGGCUUUUAAUUCAUUAUCUCCAUCGCAAGUGAACGGAAUAUAGACUCAGUUUUAUUCACACAGCCAUUGGUGGCUCUUUGAGAAGAGUGAAAGCUUUAAUAAACCCCUGUUUAAUCAUAAACUAAAAGCUGCCCUGUCACCUCUCUGGGUAAAGGUAAGAUGGAGGAAAUUUAUUGCUGGGAGAGCUUUUCAUGCCUGUUUGGGGGCUCUUAAAAACACCUUUGUGCUUGCCUUUUGGUGUUGCAAGGGGCAUAAAAUCUACACAACUGCGCCCAUUUAUUUUUCACCAUAUUGUUGAUAUUUUGUGUCAUGACACACUGAAAUCAGGCGCUCGUCAAUUUUUUGGGCAUAUGGUGUUAUUGGUAUCAUCUUAAAA